AUGUGCUGCGAAUCACCCGAGUCGCCGGCACGCAAAGAAUCAGGACCAAAAGCAACUCACAAACGGAACAUCAGCAAUGGCACGUCUGAACUUUCGCCAAGACGAUCCAAACGCCAGAAGUCAACCGCAAAUCUGAAGGAACAAUCUGACUCAGAAGUUGAAGACUUUGAAACUGAAGAUACUGCUCCUGUGUCUAAAGAAGAGGAAGAGGAUAAGCCAAUUCCCACGAAUACUGCCGAAAAGAAGAAAGUCCCGAUUAAAAAGGAGCCCAAGGACGGCGCCCAACCCAGGAAGGCCAGAAAGUCCAAGAAGGACCAGGAGGCCGAAAUGAUCCCUUUGGCACCGCGGACUAAGGGCUUGCGCAUGUUUGUCGGCGCUCACGUUAGUGCUGCUAAAGGUGUCUUCAACUCUAUACACAACAGCGAACAGAUUGGAGGAAAUGCAUUUGCUCUGUUCUUAAAGUCGCAGCGGAAAUGGGACAAUCCGGCUCUUCAAGACGAGCACCGAGAUCAGUUCCUUAAACUAUGCGCAGAAAAGGGCUACGAUGCAUCCAAACACAUUCUCCCUCAUGGCUCAUACCUUGUCAACUUGGCUCAAAGCGACAAGGCUAAGUCCAAGCAAGCAUACACCUCUUUCUUAGAUGAUCUCCGUCGUUGUGAAGCCCUGGGAAUCAAACUCUACAACUUCCACCCAGGAAGUACCAACCAAACCCCAUUGCCAGAAGCGCUCUCUCGGCUCGCAGAAAUGCUUACCCAAGCCAUCACCGAAACCAAAACCGUCAUACCGGUUCUAGAGACAAUGUGCGGCCAUGGAAAUUCAAUCGGAGGCGCACUCUCCGAGUUCCGGGAUCUCCUAGCUCUCAUCCCAGAAGAACACCACUCCCGAAUCGGCAUCUGCGUCGAUACCUGUCACAGCUUCGCAGCAGGAUACGACCUAACUUCGCCAGCAGGAUUCAAAGCCUUCCUUGAUGAGUUCGACGAAUUAAUUGGAAUCAAGUUCCUGCGAGCCCUGCAUCUGAACGACUCUAAAGCGCCGCGCGGAAGUAAGCGUGAUCUACAUGCUAAUAUCGGCACGGGAUUCCUGGGUCUGCGCGCGUUCCAUAAUGUCAUGAACGAGCCUCGCUUCGAGGAUCUGCCUAUGGUGCUUGAGACGCCUAUUGAUCGGGUUCCGGGCAAGGAUGAUGCUGAGGGCAGUGAUAGCGAGACUGCGAAAAAGCCAAAGAAGGGCCCCAAGGCUGGAGCUGCGGCUGUCCCUAACCCUGGUGUUUGGGCCCGUGAGAUCAAGCUGCUCGAGUCUUUGAUUGGAAUGGAUGCCGAGGGAGAGGAGUUCAAAGCUCUUGAGGCUCAAUUGUCGGAAGAGGGUCGUGCUGAGCGUGAGAGACUUCAAGAUCAGUAUGAGAGGAAGAUGGAGGCAGAUGAGAAGAAGAAGGCUAAGGGAGCAGCGAAGCCGAAGGGUCAGAAGAGUCUUAAGGAUAUGAUGACCCCUGCGAAGAAGGAGUAG